AUGGUGAAAGCAUUUGCAAGUGCUCACUCUGCUCAUGAGAACCUCUCCGUUGACGAGAGCUUGAUGAAGUUCCGUGGACACCUGGCUUACGUCCAGUUCAACCUUUCCAAGCGUGCUCGUUUCGGAAUCGAGUUUUACAAGCUUUGUGAAUCGUCCAGUGGCUACUGCCUCAACUUCUCCAUUUAUAUGGGCAAGGAUACUAAGUCAGAUGCGACCGCUUCAAUGCUAUGCAGCGAAGCAAUUGUUAUCGACCUCCUCGGAGACCGUCUUGGUGAUAGACAUGCCAUUAACUUAGACAACUGGUACUCCUCACCGCAUCUCUUCCUGGCCAUCAAGAACGGUGGAUCCAACGCUGUCGGAACAGUCAGAACAAACAGGAAGAAUAUGCUGAAAGAUCUGAAAGCACGGAAGCUGGCAAAGGGUGGAUGCAAGACUUCGUUCUCACAUGACAUCAUGGCUAUUCAGUCGCAGGAUCGAAAGCCUGUUAGUACCAUGCUUUCAACAAGCCACAGUGGUGCUGACAUCAUUGGCACUGGAAAGAGACGGCACAGGGGAAAUGAACCAGUACUGAAGCCUCUAGUCGUGCAAGAGUACAACAGGGGAAUGGGAGGUGUUGACCGGCAAGACCAGCAGCUUGCAUCAUUUCCGAUUGUGCGUCGCUACGCAAAAGGAUACAAGACAAUCUUCUAUGUCCUUGACAUGGCUGUGUACAAUGCCUACGUGAUUCAUGCAAAGAAAACAGGAAAACGGCGAAGCUACACUGACUGGAAAGUGGACCUCUCUGAUGAAAUUAUUGUGGAAACAGCUCUUCCCAGAUACCAGAGAUGA